GUCUCAGUGACAGGAAGAUGGCGGAGCAACUUCUCUUCCUUUCGGCCGUCCUCCUCCUUGGGUGCCUCCGGCUCGGUGCCUCUUCACAGCAGGUGCCGCUGCUCAUGUGGUCCAGUGAGAGCUCCGUGUGGAUGUCGCAGCCCAGCGCACAGAGUGGACACGUAGCCACGGACGUUCAGCUCGGCCAGUACCUGGAGCCGGCGCUGCUCUCCGGACCCAAGAAUGUCCUGCUGUUUCUCCAAGAGAAGCUGAGCGUGGAAGAUUUCACGGCAUUCGGUGGCGUUUAUGGCAACAAGCAGGACAGCGCUUUCCCAAACCUGGAGAGCAUUAUGGAGUCAUCGCCCUCCUCCCUGGUGCUCCCCGCCGUGGACUGGUACGCUGCCAACAUCCUCCCCACCUAUCUGAAAGAGAAACUGGGCGCCAGCCCUCUGCACGUGGACCAGUCGACCCUCCUGGAACUAAAGCUAAACGAAAGCAUCCCGUCUCUGCUCGUGGUCAGCCUGCCCUACGCCAGCAGUGCCGGGCCGAUGGGGGCCAAAGACGUCCUGAGAGCCAAUGAUGAGGUGAUCGGACAGGUCCUGAGCAUGCUGAAGUCGGAGGGGGUCCCGUACACAGCGAUCCUGACGGCCCUGCGGCCCUCGCGGGUGAUCCGUGAAGCUGCGUUCUCCGUGGGCAGCCUCGGGCGUCAGUUGCUGGAGACGGCAUCGCCUGCUUCCAGCUACCCUCCCGUGUCCUACAACGACACCCAGAACGCCCCGUGUAUCCUGCUCUGGGCUAAAAACGUCUCUGUGUUGGUGGAUGAUGUGUGGCUGGACUUGACCAACAGAACAUUCCUUGCAAAAGAUCUGGACCUGACUGGAUCCAGUUGCUCCUGGAACCGUUCCACGCUGGUGCUCAGAUAUGAAAACGCUCUGAAGGCAAAGCCUGUGACGCUCACAUUCCAGCUCGCCAGCCUGUGGUACCCCGUGUCUGCCCGCUUUUGGUUCACUUUGACUCGCGUGGACAUCGAUUACGACAAUCAGAAUGCCACGUUCCUCGCUCCGCAAGUCAACGCUCCCAGCAAUUACUCCUUCCACUGUCAGUACGUGAGCAGUUACUCCGUGUACGGUGGGCUCCUCGUCAGCAACACCAGCAAGGCUUCCCCAUCCUCCAAGUGGCAGCUGCACGUGGCCGAUUUCCAGAUCCAGGCUUUCAAUGUGACCGGCGUGAAGUUCUCUUAUGCCAGCGACUGCGCCGGCUUCUUCUCGCCAGGGAUCUGGAUGGGGCUCCUCACCACCCUGCUUUUUGUCUUCAUUCUGACGUAUGGGCUGCACAUGGUGAUGAGUCUAAAGACUAUGGAUCGAUUUGAUGACCCCAAAGGUCCGUCCAUAUCUGUGCCCCAAACAGAGUGA